CAGCUGUUGGCUGACGCGAGGUGGCGGGAAGACCACCGUCGCCAGUGUGUGCGUUGCCGCGGGCGGGGAUGGAUUGUGCGGAGAACUCUACCGAGAUCGUUGACGACGACAGCGCCGCGGUGCUCUUCAGAGACGGCGGACGUUUCUGGAUACAUCGUGGGCUCCAGCCGCUCUUCUGCGUGGUGGGGCUGGUGGGCAACCUGCUGACUGUGGUGGUCCUGACCCGUCCACGCAUGCGUUCUUCCACCAACACCUACCUGGCCGCUCUCGCGCUCUCUGACAUCGCCUACCUCGUCACCACCUGGAUACUCACUGCCGAGCAUUAUCCGGACAAUAAGGGCAGUGAGUACUUCUGGUUGUGGAGGCACUGGGGCUGUCUGCUCUGGCUGCACGAUGCUUUCAUGGGCAUAUCGGUCUGGUUGACAGCCGCGUUCACGUUCGAACGAUACAUUGCUGUUUGUCAUCCACUGCGGGGGCGAGUCUUCUGCACUGAGUCCAGGGCUCGACGGUUUAUCGUCACCAUCUACAUCCUGUGUCUCCUGCUCACCAGCACCACUCCCUUCGAGUGGAGCGUGGAGGAAAAGGAUGGUGUGGUCUGCAAGAAGAUGACGCCGCUAGGAUUAGACCCCAUGUACCGCACGGUCUUCUACUGGAGCUGGGCUACGCUGUUUGUCUUCGUGCCCCUCAUCGUUAUCUCCAUCUUCAACACAUUCCUGAUAGAAGCCGUACACCGCAGUAAACGGCAGAGAAGUGGACUCACGCAGCAAGUAGAACCUCGAGAUUGUGCCAAUAGCAGCAGACAACGACAAGAGAACAAGAUCACGACAACACUGAUAGCCGUAGUCAUACUCUUCAUCAUCUGCCAAACUCCUGCCGCAGUCAUGCUUGUGGUUUACCUCUUCUAUAAUCCUGACAAGAAUAGUCCAUCAGGAGCCAUCAUGCUUGGCCUAGGUAACAUCUUCAACUUCCUGACGACGGUGAACGCCUCCAGCAACUUCCUGCUGUACUGCGUGAUGAGUGACAAGUACCGACGUACGCUACUGUUGACGUUCUGUCCCUGCUUAGCCACUAGACACCAGCGGUCUCAUACGUUCACCAGCUACUACGCCAGCCACCACAACUCUUCUGUCCGCUUCAACUCCCCCAACACGCUCAACACGUAGCAUCAGGAGACCUUCUAGACGCUGUGCUGUACAUACCGUUCUGUGUCACUCUGAAUCUGUGGUGCUCCUGUUGUGUGGUUCAUGUUGAGUCAAACCAUGGGUGCUUAAGAAUUGCCAAUCAAUAUGGUGAGAUUUCCAAAAGACAAAAACUUAAUAAUAAAAAUUAAUAUUUAAAUUAAAUAUGCCAUACUGUUUAUCAAAACCAUUAAAGUAAUCACAUUUUCAACAAAUCCUAAAUGAUCCCAUGAAAUACUCAACUGAUACCUUUUGUGAUCUAUCAUUUCCAAUAAAAAUUUCCAAUCUGCUGGAGUUUA